AUGGCUUUCCCAUACAUCGCAAAAGAGCUUCAAAUAGCCGACACGCAUAUUGGUUACAUCGCCACCCUCUUCGGUCUCCUUCAAGUACUCGGUGGCCCAGUAUUUGGCCAUAUCACUCAAAAGUACGGUGUUCGAGUGGCGCUAUAUUUCUGCUAUGGAUCAACUCUUGUAUCUGCAUUGAUUAUGUACAAUGUUAAUGGUUUAUACGGUAUGUAUUUCUCUCGAUUGCCCGUCUUUUUCAUGCACGGUCAACAAGGACAUCAAACAUUGUUGUCAUUGUUGACAGCACCGGGAAAAGAAAGGACGAAUGCUUUUGGAAGGAUGGGACUCACUUUUGGAAUCUCUUUCAUUUUAACGCCGGUGAUCACCCUCUCAUCCACCUAUAUUUUUGGAUCAAGGGGAGCAAUGCUGACAAUUGCAAUGCUUGGAGUGCUGCCAUUUGUGAUAUUCGAGAUGUGUUUACAGAGGAAGGAUUACGAUCAUUCCGAUCCCUCCUCCACAUCCACCAAACCUCUGACCGCUGCGGUCAAUUGGUCUUCCGCGGUUCGCGUGCUCAAAAAGCCAGGCACUCUUAACAUUCUCUUCAAGAAAAACGCUCCAAUAAUGCCUGCAUUAUUGACAUUUUCGAUCUUACAAAUUUACACAAUCAACGCGUUUCAAUCGACUCAAGAAACAAGUUCAUUGAUUCAAAUGUUAGCUGGAGCUUGUAUAAUGUUUAGCAAUGGUUUUGGUGUGAUUUGGUUGCGAAAACAUUUCGAUGAGCAACGAAUUCUUCAAGUUGGACUCGUUUCCUUUUUCUUUGCCUUUUUCUUCUUGAUUUUCUAUGUUCGAUUGUGGAUGAUUUGCAUCAUUAUGCCGUUAACUUCAAUGGGCAUGUCAUUAGUAGCAACUGUAGCUGACUCGUUAUUGACAUCGAUGGUUGAAGAGGAUGAACAGGGUGUCGUUCUUGGAGUGGCCACCUCGUUAAACUCGUUUGUUCGAACAUUUUCCCCAGCAUUAUCCGGGCAAUUGUUAGCCAUCUACGGUUUCCCGAUCUUCGGCAUUCUCGGUAUUUGGGGCACUGUGCUUGGGUUGAUCGCUUGCCACUUCUACCCGAUUGAUCCAAAUUUGAUUCGGAAAGAGAAAUCUGAUGAAGAGUCAAAGAAAACUGAU